AGAAGAAGAAAACUGAGAAUCUGCCAUUAGAGGAAACAAGAACAACAACAACAAAAUUAUGGAGAAGGAUAUGCUGCUCCGUUUUCUGUUCUUGGAGGAAUAAGAAAACAAAAGGCAGAAGAAAAAACAAUGGUGUGUGCGACCGCAGAAUCAAAGGAGAUCCGUGGAUGGGGAAUUAAGCACUUUGGUGCAAGGGAUGCGGAGUAUGGACGCGGAAAAACAUUUCCAGUAUUUCCGUUUGACGAUUUGUUGAGGUGCAUCGCUCCCCAUCUUCAGCACAAACAAACACAUAGAGCUCAAAUUGGUGUGGCAGAAAGAUUAGCUGUGACUUUGCGAUUUUUGGCAACAGGGUCUUUGCAUCAAAGUAUAGGCGCAAGCUACAGAUUGGGCAGCCGGACUGUGUCGAAGAUCAUCCCCGAGGUGUGCCAGGCUAUUUGGAAGUGUUUGCAAGCCGAGUAUAUUGCUGUACCAUUGCAGACACAGUGGGUCGAUAUCAUACAGGACUUCUGGUGAAUUUGGAACUUUCCACUUUGUGUUGGCAUGAUAGAUAGGAAGCACGUACAAACCAGAGCCCCUCCAAAUUGCGGUAGUGACUUCUUCGACUAUAAAGACACACACUCGAUUGUGUUAAUGGCAUUUGAUGCACACUACCGAUUUUCAUUGGUGGACAUUGGAGCUUAUGGCCGGGAAAGCGAUGGUGGCAUCUUUAAAGAGAGUGAAUUUGGUUCAAGACUCAUUGAGGGUACCUUGGGGUUGCCACCGCCAGCCACCCUGCAAGGCACAGAAAUCUUGAGCCCGCAUACAUCUGUGAGAGACGCAGCUUUUCCACUACACAUGAAUCUGAUGCAUCCAUAUCCCAGCUCUAACCGCACACUGGAACAGCAGAUCUACAAUUAUCAUCAUUCCCGGGUACAAAGAAUAAUUGAGAAUGUCUUUGGCAUCUUGGUAUCUCGGUGGAGGGUCUUCGGUCAUCCCAUUAACUGCAGCUUCACAAACACAGUGCACACCGUGAAAGCUUGCAUGGCAUUACACAAAUUAUUGGCACACACAGACACUGCAGAUCCAUGGAAUAGCAGAUACAUACCCACCACUGCCAGACACAUCAUCGGAGGUGAGCUUCCCUCCCUCCAGGAAAUAUAUACCAGGCGGUGUGUGAAAAAAGCUCGGAGGAUCAUCAGAGACUCCAGCCACACAAGCCAUGGGCUGUUCUCACUGCUACCAUCAGGCAGGCGGUAUCGCAGCAUCAGGACCCGCACCAGCCAACUCCAUGAUAGCUUCUUCCCCCAAGCAAUCAGACUUUUGAACUCUUGAUCUCCCACGAUCAAAAUACAUCAGCACUGCACUUUAUUACUCUUACUCUUAUAUCUCACACCAGACUGUCAUAAAUUAUAUUAUUAUUAUAUUAUACUCUCUCUUAACAACUUACUAUCAACUGACAGCCUGAAUGUCAAUACAGUACAAUACAACCUACUGUAUAUUCUAUAUAUACUACUAUAUAUACUUUUUUUUAUUUAUUUUUUUAUUGAAUAAUGUGUAUCUAUAUUGUGUGUAUUGUAUACUGUACAGUGUAUGUUAUUAUUUGUAUACUGUUGUGUGUAAUUAUGUGUAUAUUAGACUUUAAAUUGUGCUGUGUUAAUUUGAUGUCAUUGUAAAUUGGUAUAUGUCUCAUCACUGUCACGACUGCUAUGUUGAUCGGAACUGCACCCAAGAAUUUCACACACCAUUGCACUUGUGUAUAUGGCUGUGUGACAAUAAAAGUGAUUAGAUUUGUCUGGAGGAGUGGAGGUGAAUUGUGGAAGGCGACAACAACCUUCUUGACUCAAGGCACCUCUCUUUUGCCAGAGCAACAAGAGCCUCACUUUUGGCAAGGCAAAACCUGGCAACUUUUUUUCAAACACCACAAGGCUCUCUAACAUGGCAAGAAAGAGUUGUAAGAAGAGGGCUGCUCAGUGUCUGAAUUAUUUAUUUUUGUUUCAUCCUUCCAACUCAUUUAAUCUGUAAGUCAAGAUAAUAAUGUAAAUAUUGUCACAAUUCAGAAACAUGUAAAACUAUUUUGCCACCAUUCUGUCUCAACAGUUUGUAACACCAAUUAAUAAAUCUGA